UGCUAAAUCCGGGCGAUAAAUAUUGAAUGCCACUUCUGUUACUGAACAUUUUUUAUUAACCAUGCCAUCAAAUAGGCAAAAGUGAGAAAAGUCUCAGUUAAUGUGAAAUUUACAAACAAAAUGGCACAGUCACCAGAUGCGCCUCGCGGCGCCUUUUAUGUCGCACCGCAAGCUCGCGCUCCACAUGAUCCAAAUGUUUCAUUCGAAGAGUACUUCUAUUACGCACAAGGAACAAGGGAAGAAGAAGACAAUAUCGAGUCACCAAAACUGAAUUGGCGAGAAUUCUUACACCCAAAGAAACGAAUAACGCGACAAGAUGCACGAACUGAUGCGCCGCAAUCUCAUGAUCCAAAAAGCCCAGUCGGCCUGGAGAAUACAGCGCAAAUAUCCGACGAAGAGUGGGCAAAUGCAAGCCGCGCACUGCGUACAGCUUCAUGGGGUGCAUGCUUCUAUUUAAUUACCACUGACAUCCUAGGACCGUACGGCUCUGCGUUCACAAUGGGGACACUUGGUUGGGGACCAGGGGUUGCUCUUUAUACUGUUUUCGGCCUCAUGGCGGGGUAUUCCGGGUACCUGGUCUGGCGAGUUUUUAUGGGGCUUGAUAGUCAUCAAUUCCCUGUGAGGAAUUACGGGGAUAUUGCUUUUAGAAGUUGUGGACAGACGAUUCGAUAUAUUACAAAUAUCAUGCAAGCCAUUGCACUGCUACUGCUUGUGGGUCAAGUUACCAUCCAGUUCGGAGAGAAUAUCUCGCAGGUCUCCAAGUUCCGUUUAUGUUAUGCCGUCUGCCCAGUUAUUUUUGUCUGUGUGGGAUUCCUUGUUUCCCAGAUCCGAACUCUCAAAUCUUUCGGCUGGAUAGCCAACCUCUCCGUCUGGGUAAACCUUCUCGUGAUCUUCAUAUCGAUGGGCGUAAUCGCAAACUCGCUGCCAAAUUAUGAAAUAUCGACCUUAGGAUCUGCAGGGAGUGCAGUAGAUCCAGAUACAAUCACCCCUGUGAACGGCGUGUACCCUGCUAUCAUGCACUACAAUGGUCUCCCCCCUAAUGGGUUAGUCGGCUCAAUCAAUGGGCUUCUUUCCGCAGUUUUAGCAUAUGCAGGCGUUCAGCUGUUCGUCGAGUUCAUGGCUGAAAUGAAACGUCCCCGCGACUUUAUCAAGGCAAUGUGGGGGGCACAGUUUUUUAUAUACACCGUUUAUCUUGUAUACGGAUGUUUUAUCUAUCACUUUCAAGGCCAAUACAGCUUUAACCCGAGUUACCAAGGUGUCAGUGUUUACGGCUGGCAAACGGCUGGUAACAUGAUAUCGUUAAUUAGCGCUCUAAUUGCCGCCGGGCUAUAUGGUAACAUUGGAGUCAAGGUGAUAUAUAACAAUGUUUUCAUGGAUCUUUUCCGAGCGCCACCUCUUACUUCCAGACGAGGCAAGAUCAUUUAUGCCUGUCUCGUCCCAAUAUUUUGGAUAAUAGCCUUCAUUAUUGCUGCAGCUAUUCCCGACUAUUUCGGAUUCGUGAGUGUGAUGUCUGCCUCCAUGCUCCUGAACUUAACGUACACGCUACCUCCGCUUUUUGCCCUUGGGUUCGAUAUCCAGAAAAACAGUCUUCGUUCUCAAGAUGGAAACGGAUUCGAUCCUAUGAAUGGACAGGCUAUUCAACAGGGAUCUGCUGUGCAAAGAUGGGCCCGUGGACUUAUAAGCGGGGGCGCUUUCCAAGUUACGAUUAACAUCUGGCACAUUCUAUAUCUGCUGGCUUCAUUGGCUAUGAGUGGCCUGGGUAUGUAUGCAGCUAUUGAGGGUAUGAUUACGGCAUUUGAAAAUCCAGAGCUGAAUUCCUUUUCAUGUAAAUCACCUCUGAAUCUGAGUGGAUAAUCUCUACGUGUUGUGAGAAUGUACAAAUGUACACAUUGAGAAAACUUCUGCUUGAGACUGAUCGGGAAUCUGUAUUCAUGAUGGAUUUUAUGGUAACUCAAAAGACCAGCUUGGACUUGCAUACAUAUCCUGCUGCCUAUCAAAGCCCCAAUAAUUGCAUGUUAUUUGCGUAAGCCUGAAAUAGAUAUAUUAAUAACCUGAUAAGAACGAAAGUCUCACAUGUAAAGGUUAUUGAGGAAACAAGCAGCCUCUCUACCGAGCAUGUAUCCAGAAAAUUG